AUGGGCCAAGCGCUCUGUUGUAUUCAAGUCGACCAAUCCACUGUUGCUGUGAAGGAACAGUUUGGUAAGUUUACUGAGGUUCUUGAGCCAGGUUGUCACUGCCUGCCAUGGUGUUUUGGGUACAAGUUGGCCGGUAAAUUGUCUCUUCGUGUGCAGCAAAUUGAUGUUCGAUGCGAAACGAAAACUAAGGACAAUGUGUUUGUGACGGUGGUUGCUUCUAUCCAAUACCGUGCUGUGGCGGGAAAUGCCUCUGAUGCAUUCUAUAAGCUCUCUAACACAAGGGCACAGAUUCAGGCAUACGUGUUUGAUGUUAUCAGAGCUAGUGUGCCAAGAUUGGAGUUGGAUUCUGUUUUCGAGCAGAAGAAUGAAAUAGCCAAAGCUGUGGAGGAAGAGCUCGAGAAGGCCAUGUCUACCUACGGAUUCGAAAUUGUCCAGACCCUCAUUGUGGACAUUGAACCUGAUGUUCAUGUUAAGAGAGCCAUGAAUGAGAUAAAUGCUGCCGCUAGGUUAAGGGUAGCCGCAAACGAGAAGGCAGAGGCAGAAAAGAUUCUUCAGAUCAAGAAAGCGGAGGGAGAAGCCGAGUCCAAGUACCUUUCGGGCCUCGGCAUAGCCCGACAGAGGCAGGCGAUUGUGGAUGGGCUCCGAGACAGCGUGCUGGCAUUCUCGGAGAAUGUGCCUGGGACAACAGCAAAGGAUGUGAUGGACAUGGUUUUGGUGACUCAAUAUUUCGACACGAUGAAGGAGAUUGGGGCAUCUUCAAAGUCAUCGGCUGUUUUUGUCCCGCACGGGCCUGGUGCUGUCAAGGAUGUUGCGUCCCAGAUUCGUGAUGGUCUCCUUCAAGCCGAGACCGUUCAUAAGUAG